AAAGCGCCCUCUGUUGUCCAUGUUGUGCAAGCCCUCUUUUCGUGGAACGUUAAGUUUCAGAUACAACGACUGUGGGUGGAAGAGAUCUCUGUUGAUUGAGACAGAAGAAGGACUGGACUGGAGAUGAAGUCAUCAGCAGUUGAUCGUUUCCAUGACGACAGUGAUGAUGGGUCGCCUGAUGCCAUCAUAAGUGAUGUGGAGUGGAGUAAACUCAAAUCCUCCCACUUAAAGGAAGGUUUCAGAGAUGGUUACAGCGCAGGGCAGGAGGCAGCAUUACAAGAAGCGUUCAAUGAAGGCUUCUCACAUCAAGUGAAACUAGAUGCUCAAGAUGCCAUGUACAAGGGCUUUCUAACAGCUUUGAAGACCUAUUUUGAAAGAGAAAAACACUCCCACCGUCCAGGCUUGAACAUUGAACAGAUUGAGGAUAUUGGAUCAAGGACCAACUCUUUGCUUGUCCAGCUAGACACUGUCGCCCCAAAAACAUCUGCAGACCAACGGAUACCCGAUGAAGCCAAAGUUACAAAUGAACAAUCAAAAAGUGGGGUAAAAGGUGAUGAAUCUGUGGAUUUUAGAGACAAUUUUAGAGACAAUAUAAGUGGAAAUGUUCCUCAUGAUGGCCCAAACACAACACCUUGUUGUGGUGACUCCAACCCUUCUGGAUGUCAGCGUUUGCAGCAUGCUCCAGAGGGAGUAAGUUCACAUGGAAAGACCAACAAUUCCAGUGUUGCUUGUGACAGGACCAAAUCUGACUGUUCUGGUGUAGGUUGUUGCAAAUCAACACACCCUCAGGAAAAUGUGUGUAUGUCAGGUGUUCCAGAAGGUGAACAUGCAAGUGAAGGUACAGCCUGUGGCAAAGGGAACAACCAGGAUAGUGACUUUACUGAACCUAAUCCCUCUGAAGGGCACUCAAAAUCAAGUGAAUCAGAGAGUGGUGUUGAGAAUGUUGGAAUUGAACUUAAUCAAGAAGCUCUAAUGGUGGACAUUUCAAGAAAAUGUAAACAUUUACUGACUGAACUUAAUGUGGAACAACUUUUAGAUGAUUUAAAAUUAAAUUAAACUCUGGUUUAAAAAAGAGUUGUACAAUCAUUUCAGUCCAUAUGUUUAGGUUUUAUUUCUCUCAAAUUCACAUCAAAAGAAGUUAAAUCAUUGUCCUAUAUAAAUUACUAAUUUACAUUGUCAUGUUUACUAUAUUAUGCAAAAAUACUCUGGUGUCUACAAUUGUUAUCCAAUUGUUUAAUAAACACAAAAAUAUGAUUUAAAAAACACAUUUUCAGAGUAAAAUGACUGAAGACUAACCUUGUUAAAAUGGGCCACAAAUUUAGUCCAUGUGUGCAGCGGGGGAACUAAAAUUCUGCUAUCUUGACAAUGAAAUGGGAAACAAAAUAUGCUAAAAAUCGUUAAAACAAUGUUGAAUGAACCAUACAACAAAGCUUAUCUCAUUUACGAUUAAAAACUGCUGGUGGGCUGAGUAUAGUCGGUAAUAUUCCAGCUCGGUAGAGUCUAAAAGGUUAACUGGUAGCUGUGUCCUCACUUCAAUAGGCCCUGUGAGAUGGUGUCUUUAUUAUAU